AGCACCGGGUUUAAACCCGGUGCUUUGGUAAAAACCCAAUAAACACCCAUAAACUCCCAUAAUCACCCAAAAAAAUAGGUUUUUACGUAUUUUUUUGAAAAUAUGUAAGUAAUACCAAUAAAUUAUUUUUAUAAAUUGUAUUGAUCAAUUCUACAAUAUUAAAUAAAACGUUAACUAAUAAUAUUUCAGGAAAUUUUAAAAAUCUAUAUAUAAUAAAAUGAAAGUAAUUAAUUUUCAGUGUUUUCAUGUUGCAGUUGAUCAACAUGUUGGCCUUUUGCUUCCCGUAGAUACUUUAAAAUUUCUUCAUAACACCUCGUUCGCACACAUGGCCGUAUAUAUUUAAAUUCUUGAGCCACUAACAGUCCGAAAUACUCAUUUCUUUUAUCCUCUUCUCCAUAAAUUAAGCAUUUAGAACAGUUUGUUUCUUCUUUCAGUAAAUUUUCUUUUACUUUAUCCUCGUUUUUUUCUUUGUUGCGACGACGCUGGGUAAAUCAUCUGGACACUGGGUCUCACUAUCGCCAAAUAUAUUUGGAGAUCGGCUUCGGCUACGGCUUGGCAGACAUUUUUUUCUUUCUACAAUUUUAAAUUAAAUUUAUUAGAAUAAAUGCUUCGAACACACGCGAUCUAAGUACCUUUUGUGUUUAUUAUACCUUACCUACCUAGGUAUAAAAAGAGUACUUACGUAGAUUUUCUUUUAUUAACUGUUUUAUACGAAGAUCUUGAUCUCUCAAAUUAGCAUCCAUUUUACUUCCAGUGAUUAUCAACUAAAUUAAUAAUCCACAAAGUAUUAAAUAACGUUUUUAUGAAAUAUUUAGCACAAAAACAAUACCCUUUAAAUAUCGAUCGUCAGUAACUGUGGCUGACUUACCUAUAUUCUAGCAAGCAGGACUGCCAGAUGUGAAGGGGAAAUCCCCAAUAAAUUGUUGCAUGUGACUGAUGAUGUGAGCAUGUUCGUUUCAUAAUAAAAAUGUUGCCAGGUAACCAAAAAGUCGUAUGUUUUUGUGCGAAUUACGAUCAUAAUCUUUACGAUCGUACAUUAAAAAAUAGACAAAUAAUAGUAUGAGUACGAUUUAAAUCGUAUAUCUGUCAACCCUGCUAGCAAGACAGCGACAAAAUCACGUUGCAUAACAAUGUAGCCCAAGCUUAUAUCUUAUGAAAUAUACGGAAGAGAUACGGACUUAGAAAAAACAGAAAUGUUGUUCUUUGGAAGUCAUUGAUGAAAUUCUAUGUAUUUUAGCCCGCAAACUUUCUUCAAACAAAAACAGCGCCAUCUAGUAUCGAGUUCUGUAAUUAUCUCUUUGUUUAUGGAUUUGAAGUAAGACCGCCACGCAUGCAAUACAUUAUGACUGGGGAUUCCCCUAUUCGUCGACGCUGAAUAUGAGGCGACGACAAUCACUGUCAAACGUGUUCACUAUUACUCUGACUCUGGUAACGUGACUUCCUGGUAACGUGUUAGGUAGGAAAAGCAGUAAAAAAGUGCAUAUUAAGGGAGCAGAUUUGAAAUAAUAUUUAUACUUAACAAGAAAUAAUUAAAGGUUCAAUGGGGAGACCUAAAGAUUUACGCAUAUGGGAGCACUACCGUACUUUACCAAACAAGUCUGUUUCUUGCAAGCUUUGUAAUAAGGUCUACAAAUUCAGUAAUGCUGCCAAAAUGCUUCAACAUCUUAUCACUUGUCCAAAAUCUCCAGAAACAUUAAAAGACUCUAUGAAACUUAUAAAAGAUAGCUCGUCCAAAACCAAAAUGUCUGGACUGUCAGAGAUAGAGACAAAUGAUUCUUUUAUAAGCCCCUCGUCGUCUGCUAACACUACAAUAAAUGCUGAGUUUCAAGACACCGAUGAUCAUAUAAAAACAGAAUUAGCGAGAGCUAUAUUUGUAACAGGGACGCCAUUAUCGAUGGUGCAACAUCCUUUAUGGAUACAAUUUUUCGAAAAAUUGCAACCAAAAUUUAAAAUACCUUCACGUAAAGCUUUAGCGACAAAAUACUUAGAUAAAAUAUAUAGAGAAAUGCGUUUUGAGUUAAAUGAGGAACUAAAUGCUUGUAGUUACUUACACCUUCAGUGCGAUGGCUGGUCUAAUUUAAGAAAUGAAGGAAUAAUAAACUUUCUUAUAUCAAAACCUCAACCUGCAUACGUUAAAAGUUUGAAUACAGAAAGUAAUCCUCACACUAGUGAAUACCUUAGCCAAGAAGUUGAAAAAGUAAUGAAAGUGUAUGGAGCAAAUAAGUUUCUUGUACUUAUUGGCGAUAACGCUAGAAAUAUACAAAAGGCAUUCGAAUUAACAAAACUCAAAUAUCCACAUGUUGUUCCUCUCGGUUGCUGUGCACAUAUCCUUAACUUGUUGUGCCAAGAUAUUGUAAAGAUACAAGAAGUAACUGUGUUUAUUAUGCAAGCCAUAAAUAUAAUAAAAACUGUUAAAAGGAGUCAACGAUUAAGUUCCUUGUUGAUAAAAUCAAGGCAGGGUGAAGAUUCUACACAAACACUAAAAUUGCCUUGUGCUACAAGAUGGGGAAGUCAUGUUACUUCGUUAAAAAGUUUGAAAGCAAAUAAGAUAGCUUUGCAAAUAUUAACAGUUAGAGAAGAUGUGGUAAUUUCAAGAGAUAUUAAAGAUUUAAUUCUAAGUGAUGAUUUCUGGACGAAGACAGGGGAAUGUAUAAGUAUUUUGGAACCAGUCACUGAAAGCAUAUUUUACUUAGAGAGCGACCAGAAUCGUUUGCAUCGCACAUACAUUACAUUUAGAGAUGUACAAGCUAAGAUACGUUUUGCAUUAAAUGAGAUUUCGACAUUGAGCGAAGAAAGCAAACAGCAGAUUCUAACAUCAGUAUCUUCAAGAUGCAAUAUGGCAAUGAGGCCAAUACAUUUUGCAGCAUAUAUUCUAGACCCCAGGACUCUAGGAGUCGAACUUACUCAAGAGGAAGAACUUAAGGGUAUGGAGUUUAUCUACAAUUUAAGCCAACACUUAAGUUUGUCAAAUGUAAUGGCAGAUUUGGCGUGUUAUAAAGCUAAAGAAAACUUUUGGGCCAGAGGAUUUGUAUGGAGCUCAUUAGAUAGCAUUGAGCCCCUAAUAUGGUGGAAAGGUAUUUGUGGUUCCACUGAGUUAAGCAAAGUAGCGAUUCGUAUUCUAUCAGCUCCCUGUACUUCGGCAGCCACUGAGCGUUCCUUUAGUAUCCAAGGCUACAUACAUAAUAACAAAAGAAAUCGACUUACAACUGAAAGAACUGAAAAAAUUUCAUUCAUUUGUUAUAACUGGAAUCUUAAACAUAAAGCUGAAUGCGAGGACAUUCAGUUUAAUGAAGAAAAUACCUUAGAAGCUUUCAUUGAGCAAGUAAAUGAACAUAACAGUUUAGACGAAAUAGAGCCUAUCGAACCUAUACAAUUCAUCGCUUGUAAUAACUCUGAAUCUGACAGUGAUUGACUGUAGUUUUACAUUUUACUUUCAUCUCUUUCUUAAUAAACUCAAAAUCAAAUUAAAAGUUUUUUAUUCUGUAGGCUGCAUAAUAAUAUUGUCUAUGUCCAGUAUAGUGGACGUCUUGCGGCUGAGAUGACGAUGAUGAAGUACAAAAUCAUAAACACCCAAAAAUUUGGGUGUUUAUGGGGUUUAAACCCAAUAAACCCAAAACACCCGGUUUUUACCCACCAGACUUUAAACCCACCCAGGUGGAUUGCCCAUCU